AUGUUUGACCUUAGUUGUAAAUGGAAUUCAUAUAAUGAUGCCUUUGUUGGUCCCAAUUUCGAAGAUUCAUAUGCUCAUGUCAACAGAGAAAACACUAACACCGUAUUAGAUAUGCAUUAUCUACCAGGAAACAAAGCAGAUUGUCCAUCAUCUGGUUUAUCAUCAAUAUCUCCUGCAAAAAUCGUAAAUUAUGCAAGAAUAAGUAAUAUUCAAAAUGAUGAACAAACAAGUUCAGUUCCUAAUCCUUCAUCAUAUACUUAUGUUGCAACACCAAUUACUAAACUUCCACAACCAACAACUGAAUCAUAUGUAACAUUUCCAACAACAAGUAAGUUUUCAACUCCAGCUACAAAAACAUCAAAUACAAUUCCAUCUCCAACACCAACAAUUGAAGAAUCACCAUCAAAAGUUGUUGGUCAAUCUGUAAAAUCGGGUUAUGAUGGUGAUAUUUCAUAUUCAUCAACAGUUACUGUUACACAAACAAUUAUAUUUAUUGAUACAUUUUUAGAAACAUUAACUGAAACAACAAUCAACAAUAAUGAUCAAACAUUAAUUUGGACAUUUUCGUCAACAAUUAUUACAAAAGAAACAUUUAUUAACAUUGAAAUUGUUUAUGAAUUUAAGAAAGGUUUGGAUGCCAAAACAAUUAUUUUAAUUGCUGUUUUAGCAUGUGUGUUUAUUACAAAAGAAACAUUUAUUAACAUUGAAAUUGUUUAUGAAUUUAAGAAAGGUUUGGAUGCCAAAACAAUUAUUUUAAUUGCUGUUUUAGCAUGUGUGUUUAUAUUGAUGCAAAAUUUGAUUGAAUCAAUUGAUUCCAAAGAGAACUAUGUUAUUCGGUUUGUAUAUGGUGUAAAUCAUACCAAAAUAGCAUAUGAAUAA